GGGGAGUAUUCUCUAACCUUGCACGUGGUACAGUUCUGAAUGUUUCGUUUUGUAUAGUUUUUACAAAAAUCCAAGAAAUAUAUGUGAAUCAAAUGUGUACAAUACUGUUUGUGUUACUAGUCUUUGUGGUUAGUGUGCCUUGGGGUCAUGGAUUCCAAGUGCUUUUCGAGGAGACAUUUCCCACCCACUUUCUCAGCUCGGAUCAGGAAGCGGUGCAGCACAAGCGGGCUGCCGAUGUGCCGCAUUUCUUUGACCAAGCAAGCUUUAGCUUCGAUGGCUUGACGCGAGUGGCCUCGGUGCCAGUGCCCUUCCCUUUGGACAUCUGCAUCCUCCAGCUGCCCACUGUCAAGUAUGCCACGGCCCUGCGCAAAGAUCCGGCUGGACUGCGUCAUUUCGCCGUCUACGCUUGGCACCAGGACGAACAGGACUACAAGCUGCUGCUCGAGCUUCCCGCUCCCAUGGCAGUGGGCCUGGACUGCCUGGCCUUUGCCGGGCGUGGCUAUAUAGCCCUGAGCUACAACCUCACGGAGCCCGUGAAGUUGGCACGCGAGGGUUCGCCCAUCUACGAGCUGUCUCCCGACACCGGAAUACGAGCUGUGCAGUAUUUCUCGGGCCUCCAAAUGCGGGGAAUGUAUCUGCGGAUAAGCAGCCAGGACCUGACCCUACUGCAGGCCUUCGACUCGGGAUCGAACGCCAAGCAGCGGCAGUGUCCCUACUUCAAGUGGAUGGGUAGAAGCUUCCAGCGCCUAGGCGCAAUUCCCUGCUCCAAUGCCCGUCGCCUGGAGGCCUUUGGCAUCGAUUACACCGACUACGUGGCGGUGGCUAACUAUGCUGAUGCCGAGGGACGCACCGCCAUCCACUCGGAGGUCUACAGAUACGAUCCCAAGACCCAAAAGUUCCAGCUAUUCCAGCGACUUCGAAGCAACGGAGCCGUGGAUGUCAAGUACUUUAGUUUGCCGGUGAACGAGGUUAGUCGGAGGCACUUCCUCAUCCUGGGCAACACCAUUGGUGGCUCCAGUACAGAGCACGGCGAGGCCGACACCGUGAUCUAUGUUUUCGAAAAGGGCCAGUUCGUACCCUAUCAGAAACUAAGCUUCUACGCCCUGGAGCGCUUUCUACCCGUUCAGCACUCCGUAUCCGAGAAGUUCUUGCUUUUGGUGGCUUGCAACAAGCAGGAUGUGAAGAUCUACAACCUCAAUGACUGGAGAUUCGAGGAGUCGAAGGUGCAGUUCACAGAAGGAGCUUUUAGCCGCGGAGUGGCCAGGAUGAGGAGCUAUGAGGAGGCUCAGCAGAGCUACUUGGUCAUUUCUAAUGAGAACAUGGCCGCCAAUGAGACGAACAUCUUCCAGCCGCUCUUCAAGCAAGACGAACAUGCCAACAUGCUCCGCCAACAAAUAAUAGACUGGGCACGGGAGCAGAGAAAGCGUUUGGAGCAGAUCGAUGUGGAUGGAAUCAUCAAAAAGCUAGAGGAAAAAUUGAAACAAAGGGAAGAGAAGCUACAAACAGCUCACAUCAAACGAGUAACAGCCAAGCUGUUUGAAGAUCCUCACAUGAAACUGACUCCCAGCUACUGGAAAGCAUUGCAAUAUGCCGACCAGGCCUUGGAUGUCAUUGAGAAGAAUGCAGUAGCCUCUAAUGGAAGAAAACCCAGCAAGAGGUCUAUGCAGAAACAGAUGGUGGAAUACAAGUUCGAGGAGAUGAAAGUAGAUACCCUGGUAGUCCUUGGCACUGUGCAAGCUGGACGUAUCAAUGGAGUGGAUACAAAGACUCCUCUUUACGAAUCCAUUCACGCCGGAAAGGUGUACGUGAGUGAGGAGUACAAAGCAAAGCCAAGGACACAGAAAAAGCCACUGCUGGAGAAUCUGACAGUCCAAGAUCUGCAACUGGAGGGCAGACUUAACCAAGUUAACUGGACAAAGCUGCAGGAUCAGACUGUCAAGCGUUCUGGUCGGGAUGUGCAGUUCAUUAAGGCUGCCGUUGAGCUGGAACAUCUGGAUUCCGAAGCAGUCCAAGUGAACGGCAACGAGGUGAGCAACCGCCUGCUGGGUCAGCUGAUUCCAGUGGACGGGGGCGACUUUAUUGUCCAGCAGGACGUGCAGUUCGCCCAGCCGGUGCAGGUGAAUCGUUUGGUCAUGAAUCAGCGACUGAACCACAUCCACAUCGAUCGUCAGCAGUUCGACUUGCUGCUCCGGGAAGCCAAUCACACGCAGGUCAUCGAGGGAUCCAAGCGAUUCGAGAACGUGAGAGUCAUGGAACCAAUCACCAUCGCGGGUCAACUUAGUGGCGCCGAGCUGAGGGCCAUGACUCCCGUCAAGGUAACCCACCAGUCUCUGAAUCUCCAAGGCGACUAUGUUAUAGACGGCGAUGUGACCAUCGGUAGACUGCUGCAAGUGGGGGAUUUGCUGGAUGAAUCCGCACAGAAGUCAGCAGCAGAGACCUUAAAACGAGGUCUCAGCUUAGUUCAACCCCUCCAGGAAGUCAAUUUGAAGUUUCUGCAACCAGUUAGGGCUAAUGACAGUGAUCUAAGCUUCCUUAACGCUCAGGAUCUGCAGAAUCUUGUUCAGCUGAACGUAGAGGAAGUGCAGGUCGUGCAGGGCAGCAAGACGAUUCCCCAGAGCGUGGAAAUCAGUGGGGGAUUCGGUGAGGUUAAGUGGAUGAAUGGUGUCGAUGUGGAGAAUCUGACGGAACUGCUGCUCACCAAAAGCGGGAAUCAAACGGUGGAAAUUCCAAUUCAAAUUCAAGGCCUGGUGAUCGAUCAGGUUAACUCAUCCUUAGUGGCCCUUAAUGGCAGACCAUUGGAGGAUUAUCUCCAGCUGAGUGGUCAUCAGGAGUCAAAUGCCACAAUCUUUGUCAACCACUUGAACGCUGAGAACCUAACCCUUGGGGAUCUGAACCUGAAUGGUUUGAUUUUCAAGCAACCACUGUCUGCUAUCUACGGACAUGGUAGCCAAUCUCUGCACAGUUGGCACUUGCCCAAGGACUUUAAUGGUUCCAUACACGCCCAGAACCUGUGGCUGAAUGGCAACAUCAACCAGGUGACCAUAGGCCACUUGGAGCAGCAGUUGCAGCAGCUGGCAGGCAACAUUAAAUACGUGGGUGACUUUAGCUUCGGGCAUUCGGUGAACAUCAGUUCCCUGAGCUUUAGCAACUCGUUGAAUGGAAUCGAAGCCGAUCGCUUCGGUCGCUGCUGGUUGGAAACCGACGGCGAUCAGGGAUUCACGGCACCUCAGCAGCUGGCCUCGUUGGAGAGUCGCCAGGGCAUCUGGCUCAAGGGACAACUCAACAAUCACACUCUGGGGGAUUUGGUCAGCCGCAGCUAUAGACUCAACGCCUCGGAGCAUCUGGCAGCAGUUCAGUUUGAGAACCCCAUUGUGUGUCAGUCAGAUAUCCAGGUGGGUCGCUUGAACGGUCUCCUCAUUCCCGAGAAUAUGCUUUAUCAGAACAAUCCCGGAUAUCUAUCCGGACCAGUUAGCAUUGCUGGCGAUCUGACGGCCACAGGAUUGUGCAACUUUAGCAGCCUCAAUGGUUACCCCUUGGAACCACUGUCAAGGUAUUUGGGUGGCCAGCUACCCGAAACAUUCCAUGCAGAGGAGGUGGAGUUUACACGGCCGCCCACUAUUCAUCAGUUGAACGGGCAUCACCUUGGCGAGCUCUUGGAUCAGGUGUGGCUGGACAACGAGCAGAUUGAACUGACGGGAGUGGAAUUGGACAGUUCCAACUUUGAAGGUCUGCUGGAGAUGAAGGGCCCCAUCAACGGACGCCAGGUGGUGGACAUCAAGCAAUACUACUUCAGCCGGACACGCGGAGGCCAGCAAGUGAAGACUCCAAUGAGCUUGGCGUCGCAUGACGUCACGUUUGGCCAGCCUCCGGCAGCCAAGUCGGUGGAACUACGUGGCAUAGAAAGCAGCAGUAGCAACGGCAGCGAUGUGGAGAGCAGUGGCAGCGGAGGAAACUUUUCACUGGAUUUCAAUGACUUUGUGGCAAAUACAUUAAAAACUGACGGUGUUCACACCGUCAGUGGGCAGUGGAAUCUAUCGAAAGCCUAUGUUUCCGGAAAUUUAAAUAAUGUACUUGUGAAUCAAUUAAACCCAGCAAAUGAUGUCCUAACAAUAAACAAAAAUAAUAUUGGCUCUCUAACGACUAUUGAUGCACCGAAAAUUGUCAAAGAAGCCACUAUAAGCAGGCUCUAUGCCACGGAUAGCAGCCAGGUAGCAGAUGUCCCGAUAGCCAAAUGGAUCAACGAAGCUGCUUACAUUUAUGGGAAUCACAGUAUUUCCGGUACAACUAGACUGGAAAGUGUUAGCCUCUAUAAUGAUCUGCGGGUUAAUGGUUCCGUUAAUGGAAUUUUCUGGCAGCCAGAAAAACUCCUUCUUCGCGACACUAACCAAUCAUCCAAUAGUCCUUUGCUGGUGGCCAACAACUUCCCGGAACAGCAGCGGAUCUACAGCAACAAUGUGGAGAAUCUCUGGGUGGACGUCAUUAACGAGCUACCAGUUAAUGAAUUAUUACUCAACAAGGCUCAAAAUCGACCCAAUCUUCAUGUAGAAGGCCAAUUGAUAUUUACUCAACCACUUUCCGUGGGAGAGUAUGAAGUUGGGAACAAUGACUUGUGGGAUGGAGGCUACAAAUGGAAGCGAGGAGUAGACUCCAAUGACAUCGAAUUGCGGGAUAAUGUAGCUGCCAUUAAAGAUCGGUUUUCCAAUCCACCAAAAGUCCUGAAAAACAUGAUUCUGCAAAAGUUGCCUCACAAAUCCAAUCACUUGGAAAUCAUAGAUGCAGGAAACAAAGAUGUCCUGGCUAUUUGGGACGAAAACACAAAGGAGGUAAUCUACUACAAUUGGCGAUUGGAUAAACAGCGUUUUGAGCUUAAUUCAAGCUUGUCCCAGCUGAUGCAGCUCAGCAAACACUUAUCAGAGCCCAUUCGUAAGGAAUGGCCAACAGUCAACGAUUUGCAGUUUGGCCUGCUCGGGUUUCAGUGUCUGGGAUCCAACAAAGACGAUAAGAUAGUGGUUAAAUGCAUCGACAACCAAAACAAACCCCGAGAAGCUAACAUAUCCAGGCGAGAUGCAAAACAGCUGCUACUUGCCACAGAUACGGAUGACAUGCCCAUUCUGCUGAGGACCACCAGAGCUGUGGAGUUGUGGAAGUGGAAUAAUGGUAGUUACACCUUAGUCCGAGACCUGUUUCAGGGACAGCAGGUGGAGCAACUGGAGCUUAUUCCGCAACACACGGACAUGGAAGAGGGACUACUGGCGGUGCUUACAUCCGCGCCAGCAGCAGAAAUCACAAUUUACAGCUUUAGCGACGGCGACCUAACCGACCUGCAUCUGGUCCAAGUACUAGAACUACAAGAUUCCAAACAAAUGCGCACAAUUCGAUUCAUGCAUCUGCCAGAGUCGAAGGAUCUCCUUCUGUUGGUGUCGAAUCUCCUCCCCCGGCAAUCGCUCACGAUAUUCGAGUACCGCGGCGCAGCUGGAUUCCAGGAGAUUUUAGGGGAGAGCAGUCUGCCCCAGGCCAACGAACUGAGGGUAAUUGAGGUGUCCGGCACGAAGCUGGUGUCCUUGGCAACGGACGAAACCGUUUACAUACUGCGACCGCAGUUUACCACACUUUAGAUCACUCGAUUUAGCAUUUUGCACAACACUUGUUUUGGUUUUCUAAAUAAAAAUUUACUUUUUAUUAACCG